GUGUGCAAAGAAGAAAUGUCGAAGGGCAGCGUCUUCAUUUCCUGAGACUGGAAAACAAAAUGACAGCAGCUAAUUCCAGCGUGCAGGGUUCUUUCAGAGACGGCAGCCUGGAAAGAUUUACUCAUUUUGAAAAAGAUGAGUUUGAAAGUGACUGGGAGAAACUGGCUGAGCGUAAGUUUGGCCGUGUCUAUAAGGUGAAGGUUAAAGUCUGGCGGGAAACAUGUGCACUAAAGACAACGACCAAUGAUUACAGGAACAUGACACAGAUGUCCAAAAUCGGAAGACUGAAGUUUAGCUAUUUAAUCUCCAUUUAUGGAAUAAGCAAAGAUCCACCUGGUUUAGUGAUGGAAUAUAUGAGCAAGGGAUCCUUGGACAACCUCCUCAGCAGUCAUUUCUUAAUGUGGCCUAAGAAGUUCCAAAUGAUCCACGAGAUGACGAUGGGCAUGAAUUUUCUGCACAGCAUGAAACCACCCAUUCUUCAUUUGAAUUUGAAACCAGCCAACAUUCUUUUUGAUGACCAUCUACACGUGAAAAUUUCAGAUUUUGGCCUCGUUAAAUGGGAGGAGUUUUCUGGAAAGACAGAGUUUAUUGAACACCUGUCACCACGGGGGAACAUAAACUAUGUGCCUCCAGAGAUCUUUACCCAGAAUCCUGAACCACCUGGAACGAAGUACGAUGUUUACAGCAUUUCUAUUAUUAUGUGGGAAAUUCUGACUCAGCAGCGUGCAUAUCAAGGUCUGAAUAUGACAGAAAUAUUAAUCAGAGUGUCAUCUGGCAAAAGGCCUGGUGUAGAGAAGAUCCCUGAAGACAAGCCACUUGAGUGCGAGGACAUGAUUGGUGUCAUGCAGCAGUGUUGGCAUCAAGACUGCAGCCGGAGACCGGCUUUCUCUGAAACCGUGCGAUUGACUGAAGUCCUUAGUGAAAUCCUAAAAAUCCCAGACACGAAUGCAAGGGGUGAGAUAAGAAAGCGUCUACCUGAACAGGUAUGGAACCCAAAGAAAACAGCUGACUCCUCAGAUGAUUCUAGCGUUCACUCUCUCCUUGUGAAGAAAGAGUUUGAGAGCUUUAAGAAAGUUCUACAAAAAGAGCACGUGUCUAUGGUCUUCCAAGACAACAACUCUCUCCUUCAUCACGCUGUGGCAAGCGGGGACACAGAGAGCGUGCAGAUGGUCCUGAAUCUGGGAGCCCCUGUGAAUUGCCAGAGUGCAAAAGGCUACACCCCGCUCAUUGUUGCAGUUCUGCACAAGUUUUACGAGAUUUGCAGCAUGCUGACAGACUGUGGGGCUGACGUCAACCUCAGCGAUGGCGACCAGUGGACUGCGCUGCACUUUGCCGUACAGGCUGGCGACGACAGAGCCGUUCGCCUUUUGUUAGACAAUAAGGCGAGAGCCGAUGCCAAGGAGAAGGAUGGGUGGACGCCUUUGCAUCUCGCUGCUCAGAACGGCCACGAGCACAUCGUGAGAAUCCUGAUCCCGCGUCUGAAUGCCGUGGAUGAGCAGGAGCGCCAGUCUGGCCGUACGGCGCUUCACAUGGCUUCCAUUUACGGUCACGUGAACAUCGUCAACCUCUUGCUCAAAAAAAAAGCUGACGUUAACAAAACAGAUAACCUUCAAUCCACUUCCCUACACUUGGCGGCAGAUGAAGGGCACUUCAGGGUGGUCCGUUUGCUGGUUAAUAAUGGGGCUGAUGUGAAAACAGUCGAUGAGCAAAGCUACAGUCCCCUACAUUUUGCCGCUCUAAAGGGUUACACAGGUAUCUGCAGACUCCUGUUGAGUAAAGGAGUCGACCCCGAUAUCAGAACCUAUCAGAAUUGGACAGCCAUGCACCUUGCAGCCCUAAAAGGCCAUCCAGAGACUGUCCUCGUGUUAGAGGAGCACCACGGCUCAGUCAAUGUCCAAGGGAAAGACGGAUGGACUCCUCUGCAUCUUGCUUGCCAUCAUGGGCAGGAGGAGGUGGUGACGGUGCUGCUAACAGCAGGUGCUGACCCAAACCUGGCCGAGGAUAAUGGCUGGACACCCCUUCACUUAGCCUGUAACAGUAGCUGCUUCCCUAGCGUUCUGCAGCUGAUAUCUCACCAAGCCAAUGUGAACGCCCAGAAUAACAGCCAGUCAACGCCAUUGCAUUCAGCCGUCCAGCUCAGCAACAUCCCAAUCAUCAAAGCCCUGCUGAUGAAUAAUGCACAGCGGGAUAUGAGAGACUCAAAAGGAUGCACCCCCUUAACCUUGGCUCAACGGUGCAACAAUACAGAAGCCGUGGAGCUACUGAACCGUUAGCACACCGGUGGAGAUCCUGGCAGAGAGCAAACAUGUUUGGUGACAACUCCACCAUUAGAGGAAGUGCAGCAUUGAUUUCGGCUAUCGAUUUCCUUCCUCCUGCAAAGCUUGUUCUUAUAAACAGUCUUGCUGUUGUUUGUGGUUUAGAUUCCUAGAAUUUAACACCUUUGUUUGGAUUAGGUUAAAAGCUCAGGUGUGUUCUCAGAAUGGAAUUGUUAUGAAUAAAGGAUUUGAUGGUUAGCAGUAUGUAGUGCAAGUCAGCAUACAAUUGAAAUUGAGUUAGUUUAUUUAUCUUGAAUAAUUUAUCAGAGCAUGUUUUUCCUAAGAAGAGAAUUGUUUGUUUUAGUAAUAUUUAAUCAAAAAAUAAUAACUUGCUUCAUCACUGAAACUACUUUAUAGAUCUGUUUAGUCACUUAGGUUCGCACAGGCUAUUAAGUAAUUUUAAAGUGAUAAUUUACCCAUAAAUUAAAAUUCUGUCUUGAUAUAUUCAUCCUCAUGUUGUUUGAAAAAUUGACUUUUUUUUUUUUUUUUUUUUUUAUCCGUGGAACAUUUAAGACGAUAUUAUGAAGAAUGCUGGCAACCACAAAAUGUUUUGGUGACAGUUGGCUUUCAUUGUAUGGAGAGAGAGAAAAAACACUGAGACAUUUCUCAAAAUGUUUUCUUUUAUGUUCCACAAAAGAAAUGAAGUCAAUGUAGCAGCAUUAGGUUGAUUAAAUGAUGACUUAUUAAUGGUAAUUCAUGUUGACAAAAUUGCCUGCAAAAAAAAUGUGGUAUUUUGAUACCUACAUUUACAUUUAGCUGAUGCUUUUAUCCAAAGCGACUUACAAAUUGCUAUAUAUGUCCGAGGUCACACGCCUCUGGAGCAACUAGGUGUUAAGUUGGUGUCUCACAGUGGAUUCAAACCCAGGUCUCUCACACCAAAGGCACCUGUCUUAUCCACUGCGCCGACACCAACCGCUACCUAAUACCUACUCAUGUAUUUAGCAUGAUUCAAUACAAUCAUACUUGGGCGCUUUCUACUACUGUCAGACAUGCACAUGUCACGGUGAAAAAAUCAUAACCAUUCAUGGAAUUCAAAUGGCAUGUUACUUUUCCAAACAAAAGCCAAACAACCUGUUUGACAACAUGCUUAACGCUUCCCAGCAGGCUUCCGCUCAUGUUCCACAAAAAAAAAAGAAAAGAAAAACUAUAUAGAUUGAAUGCAACAACUUCCUUUCUCUGACAUUGUACACACACACACACACACACACACACACACACACACACAACUGUAUAAUGACAGAGGAAGGAGGUUGUUACAUGACAGGAAAAUGAUCAUAUAUAUAUAUAUAUAUAGAGAGAGAGAGAGAGAGAGAGAGAGAGAGAGA